AUGAUAGUACCUGACCGAACUCUUUUGUCUGUAGCUGCGGAUGAGAAAGACAAAGUUUACGAGUACGAGGGUUCUGACGCCGAAGACGAGGAAUCUGGUGGCCCACCCCCGCCUCCCCCACCACAAGGGGCUCCCAAAAGUGAUCCCUUCGCGCCUCCCUUCGCCAACGCAGCCGCUGCCGCCGCUGUUGCCCAACACCGCGCUACUUAUAUCCAUCAGCAGCAACAGCAACAGCAGCAAUUGGCGGCUGCACAACAACGGGGUGGUCGGCCUGUUCAGCCCCCUCGACAAACUCCCACCUUCCUGCCUGCUCAACAACCGGGGGCUCGUGCACCACCUCAACAGCUCGUCCAACGAGUUGGCAUGUAUCGACCUCCACCUGCGGUUCAACAGGCCCAGCAGCAUAGACCCUCCUCGCAAGUGUUCAAUGGGGCUGGGUUGGAUGCUGCGGCAGGACCGAGGGGAUCAGUAAUUGAAGUGACUGGCGAACCCAGUACUGCAGUGGCUGCUGAGGAGCAUACUCUGCGUCAAAAGUUUGCCAGAUUCCAGUUCUCUAAGCCUUCUCUUCCUUGUCGAUUCGUCAUCUCGAUAAAAAUGACUGGACGCUUGGACAAGUGGAAUGGUGAUUCAGUGUACUUGGGCUUUGCACAUUUUUCUUUCCACAUCUGUUUUCUGCGUUGUGGCUGUGAUUUCAAUGCGCCCUGGUCCAAGUGCGGCGACGUGCUUCUCUUUUUGGAGAGCUCGGGUGCAGUCCACCAGGUGACAUCUCCACCUCAGGCCUCCGCCUCUCAACAGCACUACUAUCCCCAACAACAGCACUCCGCCUAUCAACCAUCUCAGCAGUCAUCUACUCCCAACUCCGCCACCUCCUCACAAUUCUCCCGCGGUCCCAAAUUGGGUGUCACUGCGAAGCAACACCAAUCCACCUCCGCAAAUUCUGGAGACUCCAUUGGAGAUGAGCCUGCCCAUCACUUCCCUAUGCAGCAACAGCAUCGCGCUGCCAAGCAAUUCUUCCUUGGGGGCAAUGGAAAUGGUGCCAACAGUAAUGGAGCAUCUGUUGAAGCAGGAGGGGGGCCAGCAGCCUUGAGACAUCAGAAUAUCAUAACCCCUAAAUUCCCACCUGCAAGGAGUGGGGUUGCGGAAUCAAGAGUGAGUUGGUUUGUACACGUUUGGUCUUUAUUUUUGAAGAAACUAAUAAUAAUGGAGUUACUGACAUGCCAGUCCCUCGCCACUACCACCCUAUUUUGGAGUCCAUCACGCUAUCGUCAUAAUGAGAUCAAGUGUCACCCACCGAUUGGUCUGCUUUGA